GGCGAAGGUAGAUCGGCGGGGCCGCGAGCGGAGGGAGGGAGGCCCGCGGCAGCGCGGCGGCAGCGAAGGCCAGCUUCCGCGGAGUUUGUGCCCGGGCUUCCCGGGCUCCGACCGCCUCACGCGCACAAAUGGGGCUAGGGGACUGAGUGGUAAGCAACUCCGAGUGUUAGACGGUGAUCGAGCGGCGAUUCCGGGAAAAGCGAGGAAAGACACCGUCUGCGAUUAUGCCGCACCCCCCACCCACCUUUUAGCAUCUGGAUUCUGCUCUCAUAGUGGGGGCCGCGGACCCUCCCCGCCACAGUCUUUUUACUCUCCAGCACUCCCACCUCCUUUCCCCUUCUUCAGCCAUCUGACUCUCCUAGGGGGUCGGCGUGAGGAAGGACGGCUAGCCUUGGAGGGAAAGUAGCCACCAGUCCAACUCGGGUCACCCCCACCAUUAUUUCGGGGGAGUGGCCACAGCAGGUCCUAUCUGGUGGUGAGUGGCUGUCAUGAUCUCUACAGCACCGCUCUACAGCAGCGUGCACAACUGGACCAGUUCUGACCGGAUUCGCAUGUGUGGCAUCAACGAGGAGAGUCACUUCCAGCAGUGGAGCCCUCCCACUUCUGCCAGCCUAACUGCCUUUUAAAGGGAACAAGCCUUUCCCCCUCGGUUAGCCCCUUCUGGAUCCCUGAAAAGAUGGGGAGAGGCCCGUGGUGAUCCCCCUUGCCUUUUUUGCUUCUCUUGCCCCAGAAGAGCACCUCUUUCUGAUGAGGAGUCAACGACAGGCGACUGCCAGCACUUUGGAUCUCAGGAGUUUUGUGUCAGCAGCAGUUUUUCCAAGGUGGAGCUCACGGCAGUUGGAAGUGGCAGCAAUGCCCGGGGGGCAGACCCAGAUGGCAGUGCUACAGAAAAACUUGGGCACAAGUCAGAAGACAAGCCUGACGAUCCCCAGCCAAAAAUGGACUAUGCUGGGAACGUGGCAGAGGCCGAGGGCCUCUUGGUGCCCCUGAGCAGCCCAGGAGACGGGCUCAAGCUUCCUUCAUCUGACAGCACCGAGGCCAGCAACAGCAGGGCCGACUGCUCCUGGACUCCACUCAACACCCAAAUGAGCAAACAGGUUGACUGCUCGCCUGCUGGAGUAAAGGCUUUGGACUCUCGGCAAGGUGUUGGAGAGAAGAAUACUUUCAUUUUGGCAACUCUGGGAACCGGAGUCCCUGUGGAGGGGACCCUGCCUCUGGUUACCACUAACUUUAGUCCUCUGCCAGCCCCUAUCUGUCCCCCUGCUCCCGGUUCAGCCUCUGUCCCCCCCUCUGUUCCAGAUGCAUUCCAGGUUCCCCUCUCCGUCCCUGCCCCAGUCCCCCAUUCAGGGCUUGUUCCAGUCCAAGUUGCCACUUCAGUUCCAGCUCCUUCCCCUCCCUUAGCACCUGUCCCGGCUCUGGCUCCGGCGCCACCGUCGGUGCCCACGCUCAUCUCUGACUCGAACCCCCUUUCCGUUUCGGCCUCGGUCUUGGUGCCUGUGCCAGCUUCUGCUCCCCCUUCGGGCCCGGUCCCCCUGUCGGCUUCAGCUCCUACCCCGCUUUCAGUCCCAGUUUCAGCUCCUCCCUUGGCUCUCAUCCAGGCUCCUGUGCCCCCUUCAGCUCCAACCUUGGUUCUCGCUCCCGUCCCCACUCCAGUUCUGGCUCCCAUGCCGGCAUCCACACCUCCAGCUGCCCCUGCCCCUCCGUCUGUGCCCAUGCCCACUCCAACCCCGUCUUCCGGCCCACCUUCUACCCCCACCCUCAUCCCCGCCUUUGCUCCCACGCCGGUGCCUGCACCCACCCCAGCCCCCAUCUUUACUCCAGCCCCCACACCCAUGCCUGCUGCCACGCCAGCUGCCAUUCCCACCUCUGCACCCAUCCCGGCCUCCUUCAGUUUGAGUCGAGUGUGCUUUCCUGCAGCUCAGGCACCAGCUAUGCAAAAAGUACCCCUGUCCUUUCAGCCAGGGACAGUGCUGACCCCGAGCCAGCCGCUGGUAUAUAUCCCACCUCCAAGCUGUGGGCAGCCGCUCAGUGUGGCCACACUGCCAACCACUCUAGGGGUCUCCUCCACUCUUACGCUCCCCGUCCUGCCAUCCUACCUGCAGGACAGGUGUCUCCCAGGCGUGCUAGCCUCCCCAGAGCUCCGUUCUUACCCGUACGCAUUUUCUGUGGCCCGGCCUCUGACUUCGGAUUCCAAGCUGGUGUCUCUGGAGGUGAACAGGCUCCCUUGCACUUCCCCAUCUGGUAGCACCACCACCCAGCCUGCACCCGACGGAGUCCCUGGGCCUUUGGCAGAUACGUCCCUCGUCACUGCUUCUGCCAAGGUGCUUCCAACUCCACAGCCUCUGCUGCCAGCCCCCAGUGGGAGCUCAGCCCCACCACACCCCUCCAAGAUGCCCACUGGCACCGAGCAGCAAACAGAAGGGACUUCCGUUACCUUCUCUCCUCUUAAGUCACCGCCACAGCUGGAACGAGAGAUGGCCUCUCCACCUGAGUGCAGCGAGAUGCCCCUUGAUCUGUCCUCCAAGUCCAACCGCCAGAAGCUUCCAUUGCCGAACCAGCGCAAGACACCCCCCAUGCCUGUGUUGACCCCCGUGCACACCAGCAGCAAGGCCCUCCUCUCCACAGUCCUGUCUAGGUCUCAGCGCACGACCCAGGCUGCCGGCAGCAACGUCACCUCCUGCCUGGGCUCCACUUCCUCACCCUUUGUUAUAUUUCCUGAGAUCGUGAGGAAUGGGGACCCGAGCACCUGGGUGAAGAACUCAACCGCGCUGAUUAGCACCAUUCCUGGCACCUACGUGGGAGUGGCCAACCCAGUGCCUGCAUCCCUGCUGCUGAACAAAGACCCCAACCUGGGCCUCAACCGUGACCCCCGCCAUCUCCCCAAGCAGGAGCCCAUCUCCAUCAUUGAUCAAGGAGAGCCGAAGGGCGCUGGUGCCACAUGUGGCAAAAAGGGCAGCCAGGCUGGUGCUGAGGGACAGCCAAGCACAGUGAAACGAUACACCCCAACCCGCAUUGCCCCUGGGCUGCCAGGGUGCCAAACCAAGGAACUCUCUUUGUGGAAACCCACAGGGCCAGCAAAUAUUUAUCCCCGGUGUUCAGUCAAUGGGAAACCUACCAGCACCCAGGUCCUGCCUGUUGGCUGGUCCCCAUACCACCAGGCGUCUCUGCUUUCCAUUGGCAUUUCCAGUGCUGGGCAGCUGACCCCCAGUCAGGGGGCGCCCAUCAGGCCCACCAACGUUGUUUCGGAGUUUUCUGGUGUGCCAUCUCUCAGCUCCAGCGAAGCCGUGCACGGACUUCCCGAGGGGCAGCCACGGCCUGGGGGCUCCUUUGUUCCAGAGCAGGACACUGUUACAAAGAACAAAACUUGCCGGAUUGCUGCCAAGCCUUACGAAGAACAAGUCAAUCCUGUCCUCUUGACCCUCAGCCCUCAGACUGGGACCCUGGCACUGUCUGUUCAGCCUAGUGGUGGGGACAUUCGAAUGAAUCAGGGGCCUGAGGAAUCAGAGAGCCACCUCUGCUCUGACAGCACUCCUAAGAUGGAAGGCCCCCAGGGGGCUUGUGGCCUGAAGCUGGCAGGAGACACGAAGCCUAAGAACCAAGUGCUGGCCACCUACAUGUCCCAUGAGCUGGUCCUGGCCACCCCCCAGAACCUGCCUAAGAUGCCUGAGCUGCCUUUGCUACCUCACGACAGCCACCCCAAGGAACUUACCUUGGACGUGGUUCCGAGCAGCAGGAGGGGCUCCAGCACCGAGCGCCCACAGCUUGGAAGCCAGGUGGAUCUGGGGCGAGUGAAAAUGGAGAAGGUGGAUGGUGAUGUGGUCUUCAAUUUAGCCACCUGCUUCCGGGCUGAUGGCCUCCCAGCGGCUCCCCAAAGGGGCCAAGCUGAAGUUCGGGGUAAGACCGGGCAGGCGCGAGUGAAACAGGAAAGUGUAGGGGUCUUUGCUUGCAAGAACAAGUGGCAGCCAGAUGAUGUGACGGAAUCUCUGCCGCCCAAGAAGAUGAAGUGCGGCAAAGAGAAGGACGGCGAAGAGCAGCAGCUGCAGCCCCAAGCCAAGGCCAUGGUCCGGAGUUCCCACAGACCCAAGUGCCGGAAGCUGCCCAGUGACCCCCAGGAAUCCACCAAGAAAAGCCCCAGGGGGGCUUCAGAUUCAGGAAAAGAGCACAAUGGAGUCAGGGGAAAGCACAAGCACCGGAAGCCGACAAAGCCGGAGUCCCAGUCUCCAGGAAAACGAGCCGAAGGCCACGAGGAAGGUUCCUUGGAAAAGAAAGCAAAGAGCAGUUUCCGUGACUUUAUUCCUGUGGUUCUGAGCACCCGCACGCGCAGUCAGUCUGGAAGCAUCUGUAGCUCCUUUGCUGGCAUGGCAGACAGUGACAUGGGAAGCCAGGAAGUCUUCCCCACAGAAGAAGAAGAAGAGGUAACCCCCACCCCAGCUAAGCGUCGAAAGGUGAGAAAGACCCAACGGGACACCCAGUAUCGCAGCCACCAUGCCCAGGACAAGUCUCUGCUGAGCCAGGGUCGAAGGCACCUGUGGCGAGCCCGAGAAAUGCCCUGGAGGACAGAGGCUGCCCGGCAAAUGUGGGACACCAAUGAGGAGGAGGAGGAAGAGGAGGAGGAGGGCCUGCUGAAGAGGAAGAAACGAAGACGGCAGAAGAGCCGAAAAUAUCAGACUGGGGAGUACCUGACGGAGCAAGAAGAUGAGCAGCGGCGGAAAGGGAGAGCAGAUUUAAAGGCCCGUAAGCAGAAGACUUCCUCCUCCCAAAGUUUGGAGCACCGCCUCAGGAACAGGAACCUUCUCUUGCCCAACAAAGCCCAGGGGAUCUCGGAUUCACCAAAUGGUUUCCUCCCAAAUAACCUGGAGGAGCCAGCCUGCCUUGAAAAUUCAGAAAAACCAUCAGGAAAACGAAAGUGCAAGACCAAGCACAUGGCAACCGUCUCAGAAGAGGUAAAGGGCAAAGGUCGCUGGAGCCAGCAGAAGACACGAUCUCCCAAAUCUCCCACCCCAGUGAAACCCACAGAACCAUGUACACCCUCUAAGUCCCGAAGUGCCAGCUCAGAGGAGGCCUCGGAGUCACCUACAGCCCGGCAGAUCCCCCCAGAGGCACGUCGGCUCAUAGUGAACAAAAAUGCUGGUGAGACCCUCCUGCAGAGGGCGGCACGUCUUGGCUAUAAGGAUGUUGUUCUCUACUGCCUCCAGAAAGACAGUGAGGACGUGAAUCACCGUGACAAUGCUGGCUACACAGCCCUGCAUGAGGCUUGUUCCCGGGGUUGGACCGACAUCCUGAACAUCCUGCUGGAGCACGGGGCCAACGUGAACUGCAGCGCGCAGGACGGCACGAGGCCAGUUCAUGAUGCGGUGGUCAACGACAACCUGGAGACCAUCUGGCUCCUACUGUCCUAUGGGGCUGAUCCCACACUGGCUACCUACUCGGGUCAGACAGCCAUGAAGCUGGCCAGCAGCGACACCAUGAAGCGCUUUCUCAGUGAUCACCUCUCGGAUCUUCAGGGCCGGGCAGAGGGUGAUCCCGGUGUAUCCUGGGAUUUUUACAGCAGUUCUGUGUUGGAGGAAAAAGACGGGUUUGCCUGUGACCUCCUACAUAAUCCUCCUGGGAGCUCUGAUCAAGAAGGAGACGAUCCAAUGGAGGAGGAUGAUUUCAUGUUCGAACUCUCAGACAAGCCUCUUCUCCCUUGCUACAACCUCCAAGUGUCAGUGUCCCGUGGGCCCUGCAACUGGUUCCUCUUUUCUGAUGUCUUGAAGAGGCUGAAGCUUUCCUCGAGGAUCUUUCAGGCCCGGUUCCCGCACUUUGAAAUCACCACCAUGCCCAAGGCUGAGUUCUACAGGCAGGUGGCCUCCAGUCAGCUGCUGACCCCUGCUGAGAGGCCUGGAGGCUUGGACGACAGAUCCCCCCCAGGCUCCUCUGAGACUGUGGAGCUGGUGCGGUACGAGCCAGACCUACUUCGGCUCCUAGGGUCCGAGGUGGAAUUCCAGUCUUGCAACAGUUGACCGGGAAAACAGCUCCUCCUCUUCUUCUUUCUCCUUCCGAGUUCGCCCUUCCCCCACCUCAUUGUCUUUCCCCCACCGAGCACCAGACUGCAGAAUGAGGCAAUAAUAUGGACCAACAAGAAGCCGCCUUAUCAAUGCCAGCAUUAGCGACUGGACUGUUUUUGUUUUUUUGGUUACAAUUAGUUCUCAUCUCCCUGUCCUCGUCGUCAUUGUUAUCGUGGUUGGUGAUGGGGGUGGAAAGUUGAACUCCACGUCUGAGGACAAGAGGUCCCGGGGGUGGUGGGAGGUGGCGCUGGGGUCUUUUGGACUGGCCUCCUUGUUUAUGACCAAGACCAAACCUGGGCCCUGGGUGGCCUUGGCCUGUCCCGAGGAGAAAUGAGAAAAUCCCAGAUCUUUGAGCGCCCCCCAACUCCAUUCCCCUGUGUUCUUCUGUCUCCUGUAGUAUUUAUUUUAUUAGUAUUUAAUUUGUAUUGUUUCAUUGGUUUCUGAUAAGUCUGUAUCACUGUGACGAUUUGAGACAACUUGUUGUAUUGAGGGACUUUCUGUACCUCCUCUUCUUUUUCUUUGUUGAUGAGCUCUGACAAAGCUAUUCCCAGGUGUUUUUUUCCCCCACUGGGGAGGGGGUGGGGAGGAAUGGGGUGGGGGGACAUGGACUUGUGACUAACGAAGCUGGCUGCUGCUGGCCCAGGGCUGGGGGCUUGGGGGUAAAUCCUGAGGCUUUGGUGCUCCCCCACCCGCCCCCUCCCGCCUUUUGCAGCAGCCCUGCUAUCUUGAGAUUAGUGUUGACGGGGAGGGGAGAAUUGUGAGGUGCGGGGUUAAUAAAUUACUCUAAUAAAGGAGCGUGGAGAAGGGAUCUGAGGGGUGAGGGUGCCCCCUCCUCAUGCCUUCUUCACUGCCCCCCCUCAGAGUGCACAAUACGAGUUUGUUCCUGCCUCCACUCCCCCACCCCGUUCUGGCCUCCCUGUCUCAAGAUACUGAGCCUCUCACCUCCCAGCCCUUAUCACCCCCAUCCCUGCCCCUUUUCAGACUCAUAGCACCCGUUUCCUUCCUCUCCUCCUUCCUCCUCCCUCAGCCCCCCAUUCUCCUUGGGAAUCUGCAGAGGGCUCUGGGACUGACUGCCAGAUGUGAAAUCCAGGUGUCAGCUGUUUCCUAGGCAAGGGCAGGAAAGUGGUCUCCAGCCCUUGUUCCACUCCUGCCUGGGGGCCUGGGGCUGAGUGGUGGCCCCGCCUGGCCUCCCCCGGCCUCCUGGCCUCCUCCUGGCCUCCGGGCCUCCAGCGCUGGGUUUGUCGAGUGACAGAGAGAGGGAGGAGCUUGGGUUGCUUCCCUGUCCCCACCCCCUCUGUGGCGUUGUCCCUCCCACUCUUCUUAUUUUUCUACCAAUUGCUAUUUUUCCGAACAAUCCUUGUAGAGUAUGUACCAUCCAAAGGCAGGAGGGCCUCGCCGUGGCCGGCUCUGGUUGGAGAUGGUACAGUUUUAUUGUACAGGUGCUAAAACAACAACAACAAAAAAAGAAAAUGGAAAAAAAAAAAAAGAUUAAAAAAAAAAAGGAAAAAAAAAGCCAGUUUGAGGAUGGGACAAUCUGUUCUCUAGAGGCUCCUGAGCCAUGCGGGAGCAUUGGUGGUUAUUUUCUUUGUAUUGUGUUUGUUCUUUGUUCCUGGGGGAGAAGUUCUCAGCCCCUUCUAUAGGACUGCUCCCCACCCCCACCGUACUGCCCAGUUGGUUUUGAACAGUUGUUUUCCCUUUUUAAGAAAAAAAAUACAUAUAUAUAUACAUACAUAUAUAUAUAUAUAUAUAUAAAGUUGAGGGGUUUUGGACUUUAAUUUGUUGGUUUUGUUGGGGUUCCUGGUAUUGUGUAGUUUAUUUCAUGUUCUGUUUGCCUUUCCUUUUUUCGCAUUUGGGUGUAUAUUCUGGCUGCCCUUUAUGUUUCAUUUUAAGCAACUGGCUGUGGAGUCAAAAACACUUGCAUACUGAAAAU